AUGAACGUCAACGGAACUCCAACUGCGUCAUCGGCUCCAGAAGUUAUUAUUUUGGACGAUGGUUUAGGAGACCAAGCUGGACCACCACACGGAAUUCACACGGACAAUAAGAAGGAUCUUCAGAAUAAGGCUGUUGAUGAUGUCGCUGCGACCAUGGGCCCCGGAAUCACUCCAAGGAAAAAUACCAACGUUUGGAACUUCAAGAGAAUCAGUGAUCAAGACAUUGGUCUCAAGACUGGAUUGAUGGCUCAUGACCCCGUGAAUUCACAGGGUUCGCAGAACCCUUUUAAUAUGACACAUCUUAUGUCUGCACCAGGAAACAACUUCCCCGCACCACAACAAAAUUUUGGAGCACAGAUUUCAAACCCAAUCCGCCCGUCAAUCAAUGGAGGAAAUAGUCUAGAAACCGUGAUAGACCAGAAACAUGUCAUUCAAAAAGCGGGUGGUCUUCACAAAGAUCCCAAAGUUCAAGCUGGAUUCUCUUCAAAUCAUCAGAACUUCAAUGGAAUCAAUGUUCAAAUGGCUGGUCAACAGACUCUGAUAACUCCAGAACUUCACUCAAACUAUCGUUUUUCGCGAAAUCCCAGUGCGGUUGCAGGAGGAAACCUCGGUGUAUUCGAAAAACAAGCUGCGCCCCCAAGUAUCUUCCCACAAAACAUUAUGUUCGGCAACCAUGAUCCUCAGCACCAAAGGCAACUGCUAUUUCCGUUCCCAGUGACGAUUGAAGGUCAUAUAAAUCUUCUUAACAAGUGCAAUGAGCAACACCAACUAAUAGUAAUGUUGAAUGGAAAAAUGAAUCAAAAGCAUCGGGAAUCCGAAGCUAAAAAAGUGAUCACUGCGGCAGAAAUAAACAAUCUGAAAAAGCGAUUGAGCGAUCAGAAUGUACUCGUUCAAGGGAAAGCUAUUUUAAUUGCUCAGAUGGAUGACAGAAUGAAGAGACAACAAGAACAAGAAUUGGAGAAGAAUUCGGAAACUGAGACAUUAAAGAAAGUAUUGGAAGAAGCAGGAAAUAUAAUUAAAUCAAAAAAUCAAGAAAUUGGAAAGUUAAAGCAAGAAAUAAAAGAUCACAAAGCGAAUGCUGAGUUUAAAAAAAAAGAAAUAAUUGAUAAGGAGAAAGAAAUGGACGAACAAGUGACCAGUCUGAAGGAUGAGUUGGCGGCUGCUCAGAAGACUAUCGAAAUGAAAGAAACAACCAUUAUGACGCAAGAAAAAAUUCACAAGAAUAAAGAGAGUGUGUGGGAAAAGGAAAAGAAUCUUGAAAAAAGAGUUCUUGAAAAUAACAUUUCGGCUCAAAACCGUAAUCAUCAAGCGGAGAGGAACAAAUGGAAUGAAGAAAAAAGGAAGUUAAUGGAGGAUCUCAAAGACGCUAUCUCGAGGAACGAUAUUCUCGAAGUCGAUUUUGAGAUUCUUCGAGAAAAAGAAGCAAGAAAACAGGCGGAAGGUCAAGAGUUGUCAAGGCAAUUCUCCAGAUUCUUUGGUAAAUCCAUUAUCGAUGGUGCUCAGUGUGAAAAUGAGGAAAAAACCGAUCUGGAGAGCACAAAAAGAGUUGUAAAAGUGGAAGCGACCAAACGGAGUCUUGAAAAUGAAAAUGAUGAUGAUCAAGGAUGGAAUAAAGAGAAGAAAGUAAAAUUGUGA